GAAUACAAUGACACUAAAUACUGAUCGGAUGUUCAUCGCUGCAAUGUAGUUAUGGAGUACACAAAUCAAUUUUAUAAUGCAAGAUUUAAAAUGGCUAAAUACGGCCGGAAACAGAUUUCCAGUAACAUUGGAUUCGGGUUUGCGGAGAACGCUGAUUUGAAUAUCAGUGAAAUCGGGUAUCUAGAGAUACGCUCCGCUUACAGAAUGGAGAUGGAGAAUCACUGUCUGUUCCACGGGAUAUGUAAGAGAAAUUGUAGAAACAAUCCCCGAUGUUUAUCCAAUAUAGGUGAGAAGGUUUGGUUCGACGAUGAGGAGGAAGAGGAGGAGUAUGAGAUAGAGAACGAAUUGCUCCGGAGUGACGGGAUACCAGCAGGGUUGAGAAACCUUGGAAACACAUGCUACGUGAAUUCCUUUCUUCAAAUCUGGUUUCAUAAUUCAAAAUUUAGACAGGCUUUGUAUGAGUGGGAUCCAGGAGAGGAUCCUGAAGAGCAGGAUAACGAAUCCAUCCUAGACCCGGAGCUGUACGAACCAAAGAGUAAGGUCGCAAGCCUUCAAGCCCUCUUUGCCAUGAUGCAGUACACCAAACGAAAAUAUGCAGAUCCUACGGAUUUUAUUUGUAAACUCGGUUUAAAUCCGUCCGUACAACAGGACGCACAGGAGUUCUCCAAACUAUUCGUCUCACUACUGGAGAACUCGUUAGCUCAUCAGACCAACUCCGAUAUCAAAUCAAUGAUCCAACGACUUUUCCGCGGAGAGUACGCUUACGUGACAAAAUGUCUCACCUGCAACCGUGAAUCCAUUCGUCCGUCCUUUUUCUACGAACUUGACUUGGCCCUGGCCGGAAACAAAACUUUGACCAUUGAGAAAUGUUUGGAGGAUUUUCUCAAGAUAGAACAGAUGACUGGAGACGAGAAAUACUUCUGUGAAGGAUGUGAAGCUAAGCAGGAUGCAACUAGAUGCUGUAAACUCAGAGAACUCCCUCCUGUCCUCAACCUACAACUCAACAGGUUUCAGUAUGAUAUGCAGUUUGGUCGGAAGAAGAAGUUGAACUCCUGUAUCCUGUACCCGGAGGAGUUGGACAUGUCCAAGUAUCUCGAGGGCGCAGAGAAGGGGUCAUGUCGGUACAGUUUAACCGGUGUCCUCAUGCACGUUGGUCCUGACGCCAACCAUGGUCACUAUAUCGCGCAUAUCCAAGAACUCGAGACAGGAAACUGGUUCAAGUUUAGUGAUGAACAUGUUGUAUCAUUGGAACGGAAAAACAUGGCGCACUCCAACGACAAGGGGUUAAAGAAGAUGAAAAGCUUUGAGAAACCGUCUGGGUUGCAGAACUCUAACAAUGCUUACAUGCUUGUUUACAUGCUCAAGUCGUCCAUUGAAGAGAUUCGUCGACACGAAUUGCGGGAAAUGGUUAAACGCGAUUCAGUUCGACGAAUCACGAUUCAGAAACGUCAUGCGAACCACGCGCGCGAGCAAGCGCUUCAACUCGGGGAUAUUUCAGGAUUAGAUCCUGAUAGCGGCGAGCGACGUGGUUUAAAACGGAAACCAUCGGUCGACAGUACAGAUUCAAUAGAAGAAAUCGACUACAGUGACGAGUACUGUUACUCAAAUUGUCGCGUAUUCCCGGUGAAAUAUCAGCCGCAUCUUAGAAAUAAAAUCGACAAGGACAACCUAGAGUUCGACGAGGAAAUUGAAGAGAAGAAACAGCGACGGAUCGACAUCAUUCGGAUGAAUAACAAGAAAAAACAGAGAAUGAAAGAAAUGUAUAAAGCUCUCCAAUGGGUUCCUGAAUAUAACGGCUCGGAUUCUGAUGAGAGUAUGGAUGAUGAAAGUUUUGAAUUUGUUCCCAAGAACUGGUUGAUGGCCUGGCUUGCUGACCCUUUAUCCGUAGGUCCGGUCGAGACGAAGCACUACCUGUGUGUCCAUGAGAACCUGGAUAUUGAUAGAUUGAAUGAUAUGAAACUAUGCAACAGCACUGGGGUCAAUAUGCUUAUAUCCGAGUACGGAGAAGGAGAAGGACCCAGGCUUAACGGGGAUCAUCUAUGUGCUACCUGUGUGAAAAACAAGGCUAGAUUAAUCUCUCUGGAUUAUAAGCUGCAGCGGGAUCAAGAGUUUCUCAGGCAUCAGCUUAAGGUUCCUACGGAUGGAAAAGGGUUCUGGAUCGGGAAGAAGAGUUUAACGAACUGGAAAAGGUUGGCCAAGGAUGCUCUAGAGGAUCAAAUAGUUAGAGAAGUUCAGGAUUGGAAUCUAAACAGAGAUUGUGUCCAGGAUUUUAACUGUGACAAGACACCUAAGAAAGAGUACUUCAAGAUUCGUCAUGAUCAUGAACACAGUCCGGAUCAUAAACCUGGCCCUAACCUUCAACUCUCCGGGCUGAAAGCAAAACUGGAGAGGAUGGGAACCAAUGUCUCCGUAGCUCCGGGUGUUGCUAAUAACAAGUUACGGAACGGAGUAGAAGGUAGCUCUGGUAUAUCUGUGAUAAGGAACGGCGAAUCCUUUAAACUUGCAAAUAUUGCCGAGGUUAAACUUAACUUCGAAGAUACAGUUAGAGUUCGACCCAAACCUUCCUGUGUAGUUAAACCUAUUGUUAAACCUGUUCAAGUCAAACCCUCAGCGACAGUUCGCCCUCUAAACAUCCAGGAGGCGCUGCUCAAGGAGAAAGAGGAGAACGAGGAGCUCAAUGGCAUUGCUUCUGCUGAUAACUCUCUUCAUAUUGAAGAUUCUCUCCAGGUAGUUCCAGGAACAUUAGAACCUGAUCACAAACCAAACCUAAAUGAAAUUAUUUCUAUCUCUGAUUCUGAGUCAAAACAGGAACCCGAUCUAGUUAAAGAAUCUAUGCAAACGUCACAAGAACCCGCCGAAACCACGGCGGGAAAAUCUCCGAAAACUUGCGAAAAAUCUACGACAUCGAUGAGUUUAGAGCUCCCGGAGAUAGAAACCAAAGUAAAUCCUGAUCCCGGUAUCGUGGUCACUUCAAAGCCUCACACUAAUGGGACGAUUUCAGACACAGAGGAUCAGUUUAACUCUGAUAUAGUCUGCCCACAUGGAAACCUAAGAAUAGAAGAACGAUGUAAACAAUUAAUAUCUCGUGAAGUUUGGUUCAAGCUCUGUAGUUACUUUCACAAUCCAAAAACCUUUCAAUUCGGAAUUAAACCAUGUGCUGAGUGUAGAGAAGAGGAGGGAUUAGCUUGUGUCCAGAGAGAAAGAUUACGAGAAGAAGCGUCCCGACAGAAGAGUAAACUCUCCGAUCUUUUUGCAAACACGGACCGACCCAAGUGGUCUAAACCUACGACUAAACUAGUUUAUCUUCUAUCAUCUAAUUUUGUCCUAGCCUGGAGAGGAUUCGUCCGAGGGUUAAGUGCUGGAAAGACUGAUCUAGGAGAAUCCAUCACGGAUAUUAAUAACUCCGUCUUACUAUGUUCACACAACGGACUUCUCCACGUUCCCCUGAUCAACUGGGAGAACGAACCAGACCCUGACGUGGUUAUGAUCAACGAAGACGAGUGGAGAGUGGUUCAGGAACUGUUUAAGGUUGAUGUUGAGAUCAAGGUUGACCGGGAGAAUACUCCAACAGGACCAAUCCUGCAUCCUAGUCCAGCUCCGUGUCAGAUCUGUGUUAAAUCUAGGGUAGAGGCAGAGCAGGAGAGUAGACUCAACUAUAGUAAUGAAAUCAUGUUUGUUACAUUCCUAACUCAGGACGAGGAGAUUCCUAACGGAGAUCAUGAUGAUCCAGAGUUCUCGUCCUUGUCAGGACACGGUCUGAAGAUGUGUGGAGGAGGUGGGUACGGAGUACGACGGAGUACACGGAGACGGAAGGGAAGAGGGGAGAAGGAGUUCGUUGUGAACUCGGAUACUCUACUCCGGGAUCUCAAGUGUCAGGUGAGAAACUUCAAGGAGGCAGAGGGUUUCAGGGAGGGGUGGUUUCCUGGUAACAUUCGUGUUAUUGGGAUGUCAUAA